AUGGGGCCUAAGAUGCAAGAAAUUGAAGUUAAAUUUACUGUAGAAGAUAGUUUUGUAACUGCUGCGUUACCAUAUAAUAAAGCAGAAUAUCAAAAAGUAGGUGAAAGUAGUAAUAAUGAGUCUGAAAGAUCUGAGGAUAGGAGUGUGGAGCCGUCUGUAAGUGAGAAUCUUGAAGAGGACACGAAUCCGGUUCGGAUAUCUACGAGAGCAAGAUACUCUUAUGAGUUGGACAGGUAUAACAAGCAUGCUAUGUUGAUAUUUGAAGGCAAUUCAUCCGAUGCUGGCUUUUCAUUUGAUGAUGAAGAUGGAGACCAAGGUGAUGACGUCAGUGGAAAAUUCAAGCAGACCUUUGAGAAAUUCCAUUUCGAAGUGACUAUUUAUAGGGAUUUGAACGAUGAUGAAAUUGCGAGUACUUGUGAAAGAUUCUUUCAGCGAGACUUCACAGAAUAUGGCUGUGUAGCAGUCAUGAUGUUACCAAAGACAAGAGACGGUAUAGUGGAGACCUAUCACACGCCCAAAUCCGAGUUCGGAGUGAUGAGGUAUAUGUCUGAUUUGAUGCCUCCCACGCUGCAGGACAAGCCGAAGAUUUAUAUUGUACAGACUGAAGGCUACUAUGUAAUCCCUCGUGCUCGAGUCUGGUCGACCCUACCGCAAGACAACUUAGAGUUUCGACUUUGUGUACCAAUUGUCUCAGCUCCAGACAUUCGCGGUAGAAGGUCUAAGGUCUGCUGUCUUCUAGAGUUCAUCCACGAAAAGAUCAGCAACCUUGGAGACCAGGUCGACUUGCAGACACUUCUAUCUGACUCCACAAAUGAGUUCAUCAGGACAACACAGCUCUUCGACUUUCCAUUGCCCGGGUUUUACUCCUCGCUGACCAAAGAACUUCGAUUCGUUAGAAAACCUGAAUCGUGA